AUGCAAAGCCCUAACAUAACAGCACGAAGUAAAACCCUGCCGGAAGGUUUUUCAGUUCCGUGCCCGGUCCCGCCACAACCCUAGACUUAGUAGCACUCUAUUGAGUGACACCUCAGAGAUAAGAUCAUGGCGGAACUCGUAAAAGAAACUCUGGAAGAAGCUCAUGUGAAGAGAAAAUCUGAUCUUGAAUUACUCGAUGAGGAUGAUAAUCCAAAGAAGAUAAAACCUGAGGUUUCUGGUAAUAAUCCCCCACUCAUUGAAGAAAAAUCUAGCAAAAAUGACUCAGAUGCAGAAGCAAACGGUGGAAACGACGAAGAUGAAUAUGGCGAUGACUCAGACGAUGAAGUUGUAGACGAGAACGGUGAGCAUUCCAACGGAAAAUCUGUGAUUGAUAGUAAGGGUAAAGGAAUAAUGGUCGAAGACAAAGAGAAGGGUAAAUUGAAGGUUGAAAACAGAAGUGAAGAUGAUUCUAGCGACGAUGGAAAUCCCUCCGACGAGGACACUGACCUUUCCGAUGAUCCGCUUGCUGAAGUCGAUCUCGAAAACAUCCUACCUUUAAGGACGCGGAGGCGGGUCGCCCAGCCGGGAGCUUAUAUUGUUAACGAUCUCGGCGAUGAUGAUGACAGUGACGAUAGUGAUGCCUAAUUUGAACAAGGUCAGUUGGUCUGAACCACAUUUUAGGUUUUAAAUUUUGGAGUUCAAGAUGAUAAUUUGGAGAUGGAAGUCUGCUAAUUCAUUGUCUGGAAUACAAUGUAGUAUGACCGAGUACAUGAUAUUGGUCAAUUUAAGCGACAUGUUUAGUUUUGCUUAAAUUGGACCAAUUAAUGACCUAAAUUUACAAUCUUCUGCGCCUUCCCCCUCUUUGUCUCCUCUUUUGCCGUCAAAUGACUCUAUAUAAUACCUCUAUUUGCUUGUCAUGGAAAUGAUUUCUGUCUCCGUCAAGUUGGGAUCAACAUCA